UUUCCGAGGGGAGCUCAGAGAGUUUAGCCGUAUUCCCUUAUCGUACACAUCAGGGUGAGAGGAUACAGAGCUAUGGGGAUGACCGGAGAUAGAAUAAAAGUCGUUUUUGUAAAGGUUUAAGACAUCACAGGUUUGGAAUAAUCUUUUUCUGACUUUUUUUUUUUUUUUUUUUUAAACUUUACAUCAACCACUGUCGAAAAUGUCUGGUUUGGGUGUUUGGAUUAACGCGAUUUGGAUUUUACUUUUUGCCAUCAUUGAUGUGGCUCUUUCAAACUACUCUGAGGACCAGUGCAGCUGGAGAGGCAGUGGUUUGUCCCAGCAGCAGGGCAGUGUGGAGCAGAUCUCCCUCCACUGCUCCGAGGGCACGUUGGACUGGCUGUAUCCCAAAGGAGCGCUGCGCCUCACCCUCUCACCCCGCCUGCCCUCCGUGGCGGUGGGGCCCGGCGGCAGCAGCUCAGGCCUCAUCACAGCCUGCGUCAAGCCAUCGGAGCAGUUCCACGGAGCCCAGCUCUACCUGGAGAGAGACGGGGUCCUGGAGCUGCUGGUGGGGGACCGCCUGGAGUCCUCUCCCCCGCCGAGGGUUCGGUGCUUCAGCCGCCUGCCCGGGGAGAGGGUGGCCCUGUUCCUGCAAGCCACACCUCACCAGGACAUUAGCAGGAGGAUCGCCUCCUUUCGCUAUGAGCUGAGAGGGGACUGGACUGCUCGCCUGUCGCUGGACUCCAACACCAUCAGCAGUGAAGAAGCCUGCAGACCCUGCAACAACACAGAGAUUCUGAUGGCUGUUUGCACCAGUGACUUUGUGGUGCGUGGUAACAUCCGGUCAGUGGAGGAAGACGAGAAUUUACGAGCAGCAGUGAUCAAGGUAAGCGCCACCAGGGUGUUUCGUCAGAAGUACGCCCUGUUCAACAGCAACAGUCGCCUGACCAGCAAGGGUGAGAUCAGGACUUUGCUGCAGUGUGGCGUUAAACCGGGACCUGGCAGCUUCCUUUUCACCGGUCGGGUCCACUUUGGGGAAGCUUGGUUGGGCUGUGCUCCCCGCUACAAGGACUUCCAGCAGGCGUACACUAUAGCCAAAGCAGCCCAGCAAAUACCCUGCGAACUGCCUGUAGACUGAGUUACAAACUCUGCAGCAGCUUGUCUAUCGCACAGAAUCAAGGCUGUACUCAAAGCCAGGCCAAACUCAGCCCUGUUCCAUGUUUCGGAAGAAGCCACAAUGCGCAACUGACGGGUCGAUGUUGCCAUGAUGCCACCGAUGGAUAUUCCCAAAGGACUGAGGAGUGAAAUGGACUUUCCCAACACCAUUUCAGUGCAAUAUGCAGUCACCUGGUCCAAAAGACCUGGUGGAGUUGUGACAUGAGGGACAUGGUGGAAAUGAAGAUUAUAAGCAUUUGGCAUUGGACAGUUUUACAAACAGUGAUGCCAUCGUGCUGGUUCAGAGAAAAUCUUUCGAUAAGCUUUCCAUUCGGGAUAAAUUAAGUUAAGCCAUUAAUUGAGGCCUAUUCAGUCUUUGCUUAGAAACUCAGGAACAUUUAUGAAAAGUUCUAUAGAAAGUUUACUGCCUUUUAGUUGAUAUCCGGGUGAGGAUACACUGCAGGCAGGUGUUGCUGUGGUCGAAGAUUUCAAAAUGGCUACCUUUUUGGCAAAAUGGCUACCACAGUGUUUUUGUUCAGAAAAUGACCAACCAUGGGACAGUGAUAUGUUUUUUUGGCUACCCCUGUACUGGUGUAACACUGGGACUCAGUGUUACUGUUAUGAAGGAGAUUAUUAAAAAAAAAAAAAAUCCUCACAAAAGGAAUUGUUAACAAAAAAUAUUUGCACUGAAUAAGGAAAGGGAAUGAUCUGGAAAGUGUGAUGCUGCAAGCACUGAAAACCAAAUAUAAAAGCAACUAUAUGUAGCAUAGGGGAGCAAUUGAGAAUUUAAUAUAUGUACAGACAAUGUGAGCACAUACAGUAGUAACACAAAGCUAAGGCUACCUGAGCAGGUUUCACAGCUUGAUAAAGUGCUAAAAGCACUUUUAUGUCCUAGCCAACUCUUGAGAUUUUGUUUCUGGAAGGAGAUGCAGGCUAAUUUUUUCUGUAAGAUAUCAUGUUUCAUUUCAGUAGCAAGAAUUAUUUCUUCAAAAUUUCAAAUAAUUGGACUGUAUUUGACUUUAAAGAGAAUUAUUUAAAAUAUGUUGGUUGCAGAAAUCUUGCCAAAGCAGUUGCAAGUUUGGUUGUCAUCAAGUUAUCCCCUGAUGUUGUCUUAUAUUGUUAGAUUUUUUUUUUUCUUUUCUUUUCUUUUUCUUUUUUGGUCUUAACUAAAACAAGCUAGCUUUUCAUCAAACGUUCGACAACAGCCAUUCACAACAGAAGUCCGGUGUUAUCAUGUGCUAGAAAGAUGAGAGUUAAGAUGCAGAAAUAUACAGAAAAAUGUAAAAAUCCAACUUUUGGUGGAAAAAUAAAUUACUACACUGGACAAGGCUCGCUCAAAAAUAUGCAUUUAAUGUAUACAAUUCUGUUCUGUAAAAAUGAUUUCAUAUCUAAUGUGCACAUUAUCAACAAGGGGAAGGGGUUCAUACCAAAUUACAAUGAUGUGCUGAAGCAGUAUUUCUUAAAUGCUUGUACUGCCAUUUUGCUGUAUGUCAUUUUUCAUGUGCAUUUAUGUUAAUAUCAAUGUGAAUGUAAAUAUGUUAAUAAGAAAUUCUAGAAACGACGGCAUGAAAAACGCCUGUGGAAAAAACAACUUUGUCUCAGUAUUGUGGAUUAUUUCUAUGUUUUGUCUGUGU